AUGCUACAAAUCAAUAUAGAGGUUCAAACUGUAUAUUUUUACAUUGAUUCUGACAACCCUCAUUGUAACAUCCAACUUAAUGAUUGUAAUAAUAUUGAACUUAAACUAGCCAUAACAACUGUCGUUUUGAAUAAUUAAUUAAGAUGUAAAUGUUAUGAACAAUAAGACAUCUAUGAAAAAGUUGAAAUACUUAUCCCAUACAACUAAAGAAACAAAAAUAAACUCAAACUCAUUUUCUAUGACAAUCUUAUAAAAUUUGGAGAAGCAAUUUUUAAUCUUGACUUCUACAUCGAACAUAACUUAUCCUAAAUUUCAGAUAGAUUAUCUAUUUAAUGUGAUCAAAAUGAAGAAGCACAAUUAACAUUCAUAUUCGAAUGGUAACUCAUAGAAAAUUAACCUGAACAAAAUAUAUAAAUUUUAGAUAAUUGUUAAUCUACUAGUAGUCCUUAAAGCAAAGAAAUUUCAUAAAGAAAUGCUUGUUACAGUCCAAAGAGAUAAGAAAAAUCAAAAAAAAGCAGUGAUGAUAAUAGAAUUACUCACUAAUCAUAUAUCUAAUGGAAAGAUCAUAAGGAAUAAUUGAAAGUUCAAUAAGAGAAAAAGUUGAAGGAACCAAAACCAUAAUCUAAAGUAGUCAUUACUGAUGAUUAUGUUUGGUCAAAUUAAUUGAGAAAACCAGAUCUGAAUGUGAGAGUUGGAUCGCCUCCCAAACGAUUCGCUACUCCAACUAAACAAUUCAAAAAAAUAUAUUGUUCUAUCAAUGAACAGCCAAAACAAACUGAUCUAGAUUUAAAGGAUAUCAAUGAUAAAAUGAUUGUUGUUAAAAAGUAAAUAUAAUCAAUGAAUUAACAAAAUAAAAAGAGUGAUGAUGAAAAACGAAAAUACAAAACAAAAUUAGGAUCAAAGUAAAAGUAUUUUUAAUAAGAAGAAAUUAAAACUUAAUCUGACGACAUAGUCAAAUCAUUUUCUGAUAGAGGAUGGAAGUAAAAAAUUAUGAGCUAAAAUAAUGAAAAUUAUGAUUAAUUUUAAUUGAAUACCUUUAAUUAGGUUACAGAACAACAAUACCCAGAGCAUAAUACUGAUCCUUAUUAAGAAAUUCAGAUAUUAAAGCAAGGGUUGCAUUAACAAGACCACAAAUCUAGAAGUCCUCCGAAAACAAAAAAUUAAAAUUAAUAAGUUAAUCAUUCACCAAAAAGUAAAACUUAACACUAAGAUGACAAUUUUAAGGGUACAAAAUAAGUUGAUAAUGGUAAUUUUGGAGGUGAAAAAUAUGAAUAAUUUUUAAGAGAUUAUUUAGAUUUAUAGGAUAAAUUAUAAGGGUCUUAAAUAGAAUUCUAGUUAUUAUCUUAAACAUAUUAAUAAUUAAAAGAGGAGUACACUUAGGUUGUGUACUAAAAUUAAAAAUAUUAUUAAUAAAUACAAAGUUUAUAAUAAUAAUUUCAAUAGAAGAUAAAUUCUAUCGAUUAAUCUUCAUAAUAAGUAUAAUAUAUACAAGCAUAACCUAAUUAAAAGUUAUAAUAAUAAUAGUAGGGGUAAUAAUAAUAGUAGUAGUUGUUGUUGUAAUAAUAACAAUAAUAAUACCAAUAAUCAUAGUAAUAACAACAAUAGUAGUAGUAAUAAUUAUUAUAAUAAUAACAGUAAUAAUAUUAAUAAUAACAACUGCAAUAAUAAUAGUAGUAAUAAUAGUAAUAAUAAUAUCAAUAGUAAACUUAACAAAAUUAAUAAUAUUAAAAUUAAUAAUCCUAAAAUUAAUAAUAUUUAUAAUAGUUAUCCUAACAAUAAUAAAAUAUUGAUUUUCUAAAGAAAGAAAACGAAUUAAUUUAGAGAGAAAAUACUAUGUUGAAGUAGAACUACGAAUUAUUAUAAUAAAAUCUAUAAGUUUUACAACACGAGAAGGAAAAAAAUGAAUUUGAAAUCUAAAAUCAUAAAAAUAGCUUAAAAAUAUUAAAUUAAGAAUUAGAAAAUUUGUAGAAGAAAUUAGAUUUAGUAAAUAAUUAGUAGUAGAGUCAUGUGACCCCAAUAUAAGCUAAUACUGCAAAAUUUGACCUUAGGACAGAUAUCCAAUAAAUUAAUCAGUUAAAAACAAAACUAGAAAACUCUGAAUUAAUAUCAUAAGGUUUGAGGGAAGAAUUAAAUUCUUUAAAAUAAAGCUAUGUUUAAUAGGAAAAAGAAAGUUAAAAUCUUAAGAAAUAAGUUGAUAAUCAAAGCCAAAUGAUUGAAUCUUUAGAGGAGGAAAUAUAAAGAUCAAAAGAGUAAUUAGAAUAGAAGAAGUAGGAGAUAAUUAGACUUGAAGCUUUUAGCAAUAAGGAAAAUACAAAUGAUGUUAUAGAUGGUUAUAAAUAGGUAGUAAGGAAUAAAUAACAAGAGCUAAACAACAAGGAUGAAGAAAUUAAAUAAUUAAAAUAAAGAAAUAAGUAAUUAGAGAGUGAGUAUAAAGAAGAAUAAGAAAAUAAUUAAAUUAUGGUUUAAUAAUUAAAUUUACAAUUAAAAUAAAUUAUAACACGACAAUCAAAAUAAUUAAUAACUGUUGUUAAAAGAACCCAAAGGUUCAGAAUAACAAUUUUAGUAAAUAAUUCUUUAAUUAUAAGAUAAGACUAGGAGUAAAAGAAUUUUGUUUAAUAUUGCCAAGAAUUUAGUUUUAAGCCAUCUAUGAUUAAAGGUGAAGACUUUGAAAACUAGAAUGAUAUUUUAUAAUAAGAAGUCAAUCAAUUGAGAUAGGAAAUUAAUUAAUUUAUUUUACAAAAAUAGAAGGAUGAUAUAAAAAUCAAGGGUUUAUCGGAGGAGUUAGAAAUAUAGAAGAAUAUCACUAGCUAUCAGGAAAAUGAGUAGUUAAAAUUAAAAAAUGAAUUAACAGCUACAGAAGCUUAGUUAUUAACAUAAAAAUAGAAGAUUGCAGAUAUCCUUAAUUCAAUCAUGAUAAAGGGAGAUGCAAAACUGAUGGAUGGACUUGAAAAAUUGAUUUAAAAUAAAGGAUUAGUCUCUUUGAAAUGA